AUGGAUGAAGAUACUAUUUUACCAAAUUUUCGUGUUGAUGCAACAUCUCUAUUCACUUCGGAUGAGGAUGAUAGUGAUGAUGGUGAUAAUAAUUUAAUGGAAACAACACAAUAUUCAACACCAACAGCACAAGAAAAUCGUUUCAAUCAAACACUUACAAAAGCAACAACAAAUGAAUUGCAAAUGACUAUACCACUAUCUACACCAAUACGACCAUCCUUGGUCAGACAACGGCCUACAACAACAACAAAAGAUAUCGUAGUGAUUGAUUUGGUUACACCAAAAAAGUCACCACAAAAUUUUCAUCAACCAAAUUAUAUACGACGUACAAUUCAUUUUUUUAAUCAACAACGUCUAUCAACUUUACCAACAUUUCCAAUUAGUAAUAAUGAUGAAAACAAUGGUUCAGAUUUAUUAUUGGCAAAUGUAUCUCCUAUACAAUUAUCACCAAUAGAAUUAGCACGUCGUCAAGCUGGUCAAUAUCAGUGUGCAUUUACUAUUAAUGAUCUAAAUGCAUCCGCAACAUCAAUGAUGGUUAAAAAUUAUCAUAUUUAUUAUCUAUCAAUACUUGAACGUUUCAAUGUUGAUUUGUCAAUUUUGGAUCAUAAUUAUGUACGUUUAAAAGAUUUUCUUCAAUUAUUUUAUACAGCUCGUAUACGAAUGCUUCGUUUUAAUAAACGUUUACAAAAUACUUCAUAUUUAAAGGAUGAUGAAAUGCCAUUAUUAUUAGAAUUUUAUUUACAAAUGGAUGUUGAUCUUUUUUAUAUGAAAACAUGUUCAUUUCGUGAUGCUCAACCAAGAUCUAAAACAGAAGGUAUAUUUUGUGCAACUAUACCUGAAUAUCGUUAUAAAAUAACACCAUGUGGACAUUGUAAAUUAUGUCGAACACCAAUUGAUAUGAAAUAUCGUUCACAAUCACCGAUAUUAUUUAAUCGUUAUGGAAAACAUCAAUUUGUUAAUCGUUAUGAAUCAAUAUUAAAUUGUCCAGUAACAUGUAAUACAAUAAAUAUCGUUUAUGUUUUAACAUGUUUAUGUGGUCAAUUCGAUUAUAUUAAUGAAACAGCAUAUAGAUUAGCUAAACGUUUCGAUGAACAUCGUCAAAGUGCUAAUAUUGCUAUAUGUAACUUAUUACUUGGCAAUAAAAAUGUUACAAGUCUUCAAAUUAAUCAACAAUAUGAAUCAUCUUCAUUCGAUAAAGAAUAUAUGUUAUUGUAUCGACAUCCAACACAAUGUUCAGCAACAAUACAAAUGUUUUUAGAUUACAAUAAACAUUAUUGGCCAUUUGUACCAAUGGCCAUCGAAGAAGCUAAUCAAGAUGAUACAAAUUAUCAGCGAGUACAUGCAACAACAACAAUGUCAAAUGUUCAUCUAGAUAGAGAUAUCCGAAAAUAUCUGAAAGCUGUUCCCAAACCACCAGCUGGUUAUAAAUUUUCGAAAUAUCAAAUUGAAAAACAAGCUAAAUUUUUUCAAAAAUAUUAUAUUUCUCCACCAACUAAUGAACAAGUUGAUCUUUAUAAUGCAAAUAUUAUUGCUGUGUUACCACCAAAUACAUCAGAUUUAUUUCGUGAAAUUGUUCGUUCAUUAUUUGUUAUACAUACAGAAGCUAAAUUAAAUACAUUAGGACAUAUUUUUGAUUCAAAUAUCAAUCUGAAUAUUGGACAUAGUAUAUGGUGUGCGAAUUUAGUUCGUCGUCCCAACUCAUCUAUAUUACAACGGCGUUAA